AUGCCACCACAACAUGCCUAUAAUCCAAUGGGUUUCCAAUCUCAUCAUCCAGCAGAUAAUGCUGUAAUUUCUUCGGCUCCUCAAAUAAAUCGAUCUUCGGUUCCUGGCUCUCAUAAUAAACCCGUUCAAGCCGUUAUGUCUGCCGCACCGGAAUUACGAAAUCUUCGAAAAGAAACUGUUAAAUUGGUUCCUGCACAAUUGAUGAGAAAAACAGAAAAAGCACCGAAUCGACCGAUUGCUCAGACUAAACGAAGACCUGAAGCACAACAAGCAAAAAGUACCGAUGAAGCUUAUAAUGAUUUUAUGAAAGAAUUGGAUGGAUUAAUUUGA